AUGGCACUGAAAUUGGAUAUGGAGCAGGCUUAUGACAACAUGGGAUGGCCAGCUCUUAAGCAAAUUCUUUGUUGGUAUGGCUUCCCCUCUAUUUAUUCUUCUCUUAUUUUGGAAUGUGUGGUGAAUGUAAGAUUUUCCAUUAUUAUUAAUGGAAAAUAUUCAAAGUGGAUGAAAGCUUGUAGCGGUUUUAGACAAGGAUGCCCAGUCUCUCCUUAUUUGUAUAUCAUGUGCUCUCAAUUGUUAUCCAACUCCUUAAGGAAAAAGGAAGGUGAUAUUGGUAUUCAAAUCUCUCCAAGAGGUCCGAGAAUUUCCCACCUCAUGUAUGCAGAUGAUGUUCUUAUCUUCUCCCAAGCUUCAAAAUGGUUAGCUAAGAAUCUUAAGAAGAUUGUUGAAGAGUUUUGCAAAUGGACAGGGCAAAGUGUCAACAUCAAUAAAUCACAAAUUAUUUUUGGUAAGAAUGUUAACCGCCAAGUGAAGAAUAAGCUUACCAAAGUUUUUGGUUUCAAAGUGGUUAAGGAAUUACACUACUUUGGGAUUAAAAUUUCUCUUACUAAAUUGAAGGCGGCAGAUUUUCAAGACCUUCUAGUCAAUGCUAUGGAAAGACUUAAUGUUUGGGGUAAGAAGUCUAUUUCUUUGGGAGGACUAGAUGUUUCUAAUAGUGUCCCUAUUAUUGAUUUACCUAUUCCGCCCAUGUCGGAUGCUGUGUUUAUUAACUUGGAUGGUGUGUUGCAUAUGGAUUUGCACAUUCAUGACCCUGUUGAUCACUCUGAUUGGAUUGAGGAAUUCAUAGGCAAUAAGUGUUGUGUUGGGAAUAUAGAGGAAGCUGAUAGUCAAGAAAGGAAAUUGCUUUGGGAGAGUCUGGAGAAGGGGAGCUGGAUUGUUGCUUCUGUAUAUGGAAGUACUGAUAGUCAAGAAUGUAAAUUGCUUUGGGAGAGUCUGGAGAAGCAUUGUUCGGUUGAUCUACCUAUGGUGGUUGGUGGUGACUUCAACUGCAUUCUUUCUCAAGAUGAGAAGAGAGGUGGGAGGAAAUUCAGCAUGUCACAAGGUUCCAAGGAUUUUCAGCAAUUUUUGAAUAAUAGUGAUCUUCUUGAGGUCAAAGCUUCGGAUCCAAGAGAUAUACGUUAUGAGGAAGUUUGGGCUUCUUAUCAUGGUGCAACAGCUUUAGUAAGGAAGAUCUGGAACAGGAAAUCUGUUGGUAAACUAGAUUCGCUCGUCUCAACGCUUGGUGGAAGCAAAGAGCUAAAUAAGGUGGAUGGAAGAAGGUUGGAAAAGGUUAUUCAUAAAAUCAUAUCGGUGGAUCAAGCGGCUUUUGUUAGAGGCCACUCCUUGUCUGAUCAUGUGCUGGUGGCACAAGAGGUUUUUGAUAAGUUCAAAUGGUCCAAAUCUAAAGCUGGUUUGUUAGCAAUCAAGUUGGAUGUGGAGAUUAGUAGGGGUAUCUCUGUCUCUCGGUUAGCCCAUAGAGUUUCUCAUUUACUAUUUGCGGAUGAUAUUCUAAUCUUCUCAGAAGCCAAGGUGAAGGAGGUUAAGGAGAUCAGUUAUCUUGGUAUUAAAAUGGCUUUGAGGAGGUUGAGGCCAUCGGAUUUCCAGAAUCUUUAG